GCGAGGUUGUGUAGCAACAGAGAACGCCAAACUUGAGCGCGUUCCCCAAACACCCCUGUUUACAAUCACUGCCACGGUGAACAACGCAUAUUGUUUAUCAGAGAAAAUAUCUAAAACAGAGGGCCAAUUGUGGACUUUCUAAAGAUUUCCUCAUGGCAGAAGAUCAACCAAUAUGUCUAGCUUCGAUUAUAUACUACUUUCGAGAUGCUCAAUAUCAUCAAGCCACCCAGGCGGCUGAAGAGCAUUUGAAAAGUUUUCACAACGACCCAGUGCUGACGUUGUUCAAGGCUCUUGGUGUUUUGAUGGAAGGUCGGACCCAAGAUGCCAUGAGGGAGCUGCAACAGCUGAAAGAUAAAUCCAAUGUCUCUCUUGGAGUCAUGCUGGGCCUCAUCUUCGCACACAAGAGAUGUGAAACUGUCGACCGUGAGGCCGUGUCGGAGCUGGAGACCGAGCUGCGUUCGAGUCGGCGUACGGCAGGUGAGAAAGCUGUGCUGUACGCAGGCAUGACCCUGUGGCUGCUGGGCCACCACGUCAGGGCCAGGGAGUACGUCGACAGGGCCGUCAAGAUCAGCAACAGCUCCCCACAGGCUGUAAUUAUGAAGGGCUGGUUGCUGCUGAAUGCGGAGACGGAUCAGCAGAGAGCCCAGGCUGUGCACUGCUUCGACAGCGGAGUGCAGGACUCUGUCAACGUCUUCGGACUUAUUGGCAAGGUGGAGUUCUUCAUGAUGAAGCAGAACUACACCUGGGCCAUGGACGUGGUGAACCAGAUCAUCGCCUCCUUCCCCACCUUCACGCCAGCACUCUCCCUCAAGAUGAGCAUCUUCCUGGCCCGUCACGACUGGGAGCAGACCAGGGAGACCUGCGAAAGAAUCUUUGAGCAUGACCAGUGGAACUUGAGAGCGCAUCAGAUGCAGGUCAUUCUGGCAUUGGCUAAAGAUGGGGACCUCAUCAAGGCUCGGCAGCACCUGCAGUCCCUCCUCAGUGCCCUGGAGAGGCAGGAGCCCCUUAACCCCAGGCUCCACACUGACAUGCUCAAACCCAUCAGCAGGCUGUGUGGCAGCAGUGCAGAGAUCCUGCAGACGCUGAUCCCCUUCCUGCAGAGGGUCCACUCGAAGGCCCCGCGGGAGGCCGACACAGCCAUCGAGCUGGGACACAUGCACCUGCUGCUGGGCAAACACAAGGAGGCCGCUGCCUGCUUCAACACGGCCCUCGGAGCCGACGAGAGCAGCCUGCCAGCCAUGACCGGUCUAGUGAGGUGCCAACUGUUGACAGGGGAGGAGGAAGAGGCAGCCCAUCAACUGGAGUUUCUUGCAGAGGUCCAGCAGACCCUUGAACCCUCCUCGGAGCUGAGCCUGCUGCGUGCCAUGUUGUGCAGUAAGAGGGGCGGAGGUGCUGAGCGCGUGUCUCCGCUGCUGAAGGAGGCCGUGGAGCUCAGGCUGCUGCAGCUGAAGGGCUGCCAUCUGGGACCCGAGUACCUCGCACGCCUAGACCCCAACUUCCUCCUCCAGGCCGUGGACAUACACCUCUCCUACAUACAGACCGAUGACCCGUUCGUGGACCAGCCGGUGCCGUUUGGCCUGAAGCACUCACUGAUGCUGCUGGAGCUGCUGACCAAGGCGGCUCCCGGCCUCCUCUCCUGCUCCUACCUCAUGGCCCUGCUCAGGUUCCUCAUAGGUGACAGCAAGUCUGCGCAAGUGUACCUGAGCCAGUGUGUGGAGCGUGAUCCGCGUAUGGCCAAGGCCCACCUGCUGCAGGGCCGCCUCCACCUGCAGGCCGGACUCUACAAGCACUGCCUCAGCUGCCUUGAGGCCGGAGUCUCACACAACUUCCAGGUGCGUGAGCUGCCAGGCUACCACCUGUUGAGGGCGUGUGCCCAGCGUGCGAUGGGGGAGCUGGGGGAGAGCGUGCGCUCCCUGAGGCUGGCCAUGGGCCUGCCCGGCGUCAAGAGGCCCGUACGGGGCAAGGAGUCCAGCGCCACCGCCAUCUCCUGCAGCGAGAGGUGCUCCAUCUUCCUGGAACUCACCCACACGCUACGCCUCAACGGAGAGGAGCACGAAGCCACCAAGGUGAUGCAGGACGCCAUCAUGACGUUCGAGGACACAUCGGAGGAGACGCGCGUGCUGGUGGCCAACGUGGAGCUGGCGCUGGCCAAGGAGCAGGUGGACACGGCCAUCAGCAUGCUGCGCGGCGUCGCGCCACAUCAGCCCAACUACGCCCAGGCCAAGCAGAAGAUGGCCGCCAUCUACCUGGAACGCAAGAAGAACCGCAACCUCUACAUCGCCUGCUACAGGGAGAUUUGUGAUGCGCAGCCUGGAUCACAUUCCACCAUUCUAUUAGGAGAUGCCUACAUGAAGAUUCAAGAGCCAGAGAAGGCCAUAGCAGUCUACCAAGAGGUGGCAGAAAAGGCCCCAAAAGAUUCAACAUUUGCUCAGAAGAUCGGGCAGGCUUACGUGAAGAUCCACCUGUAUGACAAGGCCGUGUCCUACUAUGAGGCGGCCCUGGCUGCUAACAUGCAGGAGUCCCUCUGCCUGGAGCUGGUGGAGCUCCUCAUGAAACUCAAGCACUUUGAUAAGGCCAAGACCAUCCUGGAGAACGCAUUACAAAUUGAAGCAACGAGUGAGUUGGCCUCCAUGUUGUGUAAUGUGAGGUACCUGAAGGCGCUGGCGAGGGUUGAGGAGAAGAUGAGUGUCUCACCAGAGGAAACCCUGAAGAAGGCCUUGGCUCUCCAGAGGCGUGUGCUGAAGCGCGUGGCUCUGGAGCAGCCGGAGUGUCUGGAGCGGGAGGCGUCCGUGGCCUCCUGGAUCUGCUGUGCCUUCGCUCGCCACCAGCCCAAGCUGGACGAGGCUAUAGACUGCUACGCCCAGGCCCUGCACCACACGCCCAGCGACGCCACGAUUUCCCUGGAGAUGGCUCAGCUGUACCUGAAACAUGACAAGCUGGACCAGUGCAGAGAGCAGUGCGAGGCUACCAUCGCAUCCCAGCCCAACCACCUCGAGGCCACCAUGUUGUUAGGGGACGUGCUCUUCAGGCAGAUGAAGUGUGAUGAGGCUGUGAAGGUCUACACUGAUCUGGCUCAGCACCGUGCAGGUAACUUCCAGCUCAUGGCCAAGUUCAUCGACCUCCUGAGGAGAGUUGGGAAGCUGGAGGACAUCUUGCCGUUCUUCACGGCGUGCGAGAACUUACAUACCAGGAUCCCCUAUGCAGGGGGAUUCAACUACUGCAAAGGGCUGUACCUCUGGCACAGGAACCAGGUGACGGAGGCUCUGCGGCACCUGAAUAAGGCCCGUCGGGACCUGGAGUGGGGGGAGAGGGCCGUGGAGCUGAUGGUGCAGAUCUGCCUCAACCCGGACAAGGAGACCUUCGCCAGCCACAUGCUCCAGCCUCGACAGGACGGGGAGGAGACGGGAGAGGGGCGUCCUGGGAGCGGCGGGCGUGAGGCGGAGAGUGUGAGGAGUGAGGAGGGCGUUCAGCUGGGCCUGGCCACGGCCCAGAGCCUGCUGAAGGAGUGCCGGCCGCGCCACAAGGCCGGCAUGGAGCGCAUGCACCUGCUCAUCAACAUCCUCCUCAUCCACACCAAGGAGCCCACACACCUGCACACCGCCGUCACCAACCUCAGCGAGUCCAUGGGAGGCAAGACUGACAGGGAGUGUGUAGCGGAGCUGUUGUGCCUGAGCCAGGCCUUCAUGCUGCUGAACCAGGCUCCGCGGGCACGCAACCAGCUGAAGCGGCUCUCCAAGGUGGAGUGGGCCCAGGACAUCGCCGACGAGCUGGAACACGGCCUGCUGCUGCUGGCGGACAUGUACAUCGCCUCGGGCAAAUACGACAUCGCCACCAAAUUCGCCAAGCUCUGCCUCACGCGCAACAAGUCCUGCUGUAAAGCGCUUGAGUAUCUGGGCUACAUAGCGGAGACCGAGCAUUCAUACAGAGACGCUGCCGAGCACUACGCAGAGGCCUGGAGACUGAGCUACAGAGCCAACCCCACCAUAGGCUACCGGCUGGCAUUUAACUACCUCAAGUUUAAGAAGUACACAGAGGCCAUAGACGUAUGUUACAAGGUCCUGGAGGAGCACCGUGACUUUCCCCAGAUUGAAACGGCCAUUCUGCAUCGGGCGUGGCAGGCCUUGAGGCCAUAAACCCUGCCCACCAUCACCCACCCCCACAUACUGUAGACACCGGCAACUACAUUCAUAUCCAUAUUUGUCAUUUCAGAUAUCCUACCCACCAGUGCCACUGGUUUUAAUGGGUUUUUUUAAAAUGUUUUUUGUUUUGUUUUUGAUAUUUAGAAGAGUAAAAUGAUGCACAUCCCACCUCCCUGAGGCCAGGUGGCAAAGGCAUAUCUAUCAACUGAGAGAGAAGCCUGCCAAAGGUGGCCUCCACUGGAACACAGUUGCCAUCAGGCCACUAAAGGCCUGUCUUCAUUAAUGUCGUAAUCCACAACAUUUUACUCUGUACAGUAGUUUUCCAUAGAAUCUAUAGGUCAUGUUAAUUUAUUCUGUCCUAAGAUGUGUGAUUGAGGCAUGCUCGUUUUAAGAAAUAAAAUUAAUAGUAUUGUUAAAAUAAAAUAGGCGGGACAUCA